AUGUCGCGCAAGCAAGCCGACCACCAUGACUACAGCCUGCGGAGUAUGAGCCACCUGAUGGGCGAGCGCUGGAGGAAAGUCAACGAUGGCGGGGAGCGGAGUUUGAUCAAGGAGGCUUCCGCGCCUAGUGUCAGCAGUGCAUCAGCCCCUGGAACGUCUGCUUCUGCACCGGCUCCAGCCACCAACACCGGGGACUUGGAGAGAGCCGCGCGUAAACAGUUCACCCAAGAUGUCACGCCGGGAUUCGUGUACAUGCUGGCCGUGUUUUCCGCCCUGGGGGGGUUUAUGUUCGGGUAUGAUACUGGGGUGAUUUCCGGGGCCAUGCUUCUGCUCAAACGGGAGCUGGCUCUGAGCGCGCUGUGGCAGGAGGUGCUCAUCUCCUCCACGGUGGCGGCGGCGGCUGUGUGCGCGCUCUUGGGCGGAUUCCUCAACGGGCUGUUCGGGCGAAGGGUGUGCAUCCUGGUGGCCAGCUCCUUCUUCACCGUGGGGGGCGUGGUGCUCAGCGCCGCGCCCGGUAAAGAGGUGCUUCUGGCGGGAAGGCUCAUCGUUGGAGUUGGGUUAGGUAUUGCGUCCAUGACUGUGCCUGUGUACAUUGCUGAAGCUUCCCCUCCUCACCUCCGGGGGCAGCUGGUCACAGUGAACACACUCUUCAUCACGGCUGGACAGUUCACCGCCAGCCUCAUCGACGGGGCCUUCAGCUACCUGCAGCGCGGCGGCUGGAGGUAA